UUUUGGUAUAUAAGUAACCGCAUUACGGCGCCCCACAAACUUAACCGGUGUCAUCAUAACACGACCGAUCGUAACGCAAGCUAAACCUCAUCAAAACUUCAAGAAUUUGGCCAAUAAGGUUCUUAUUAAGAGGUUAAAAACCCAUAUAAAAUUCAAUUGAUCAUAUAAAAAUGAAAACUGUAACAGUUACUACAUUUACAGUGCUACUAAUAUCUGCUGUUGUACUAUCCGCACCCACUUAUUCGGACUAUGAAAAUGCGAGAGAACUAUAUGACCUACUGGUGCAAAGAGAGUUAUUAGAUUCGAUUACUAAUCCUCUAGUGGAAGCUGCUGCAGCCCAACACCGUAUGGUCCGUAAAAACCAAAGAUCGCCUUCUUUAAGGCUAAGGUUUGGUCGUCGAAGUGAUCCGGCGCUUUAUCAGAAUGCCUUUUCAGAAGAGAAUCACAACGACGCUGAAGUUAAUUAAAAGAAACUCCUAGUUAAAAAAAAAAAUUAUAUUUCCAUCUGUUUAUGCUUAAAUUAAUAUUCCAUUAUAUUGUUGGGUUAUAUCAUACUUAUUAUCAUUGCUUUAUGAUGUUAGAGUUAUCUCCAAUCUUUGUAUUUAUUUACAAAUUUCAAUUAUUUUGAGAUGUAAGUUAAUAUAACUAAAAAUACCUAGUACACAUUCAAGUUUAUGAAAGAUGUUUGAAAUUUUGUUAACAGUACCAUAAACAUAGCGUGUACGAUUUU